AUGUGUGAGUAAUUUUUUGUUAUUUUUUUUAAAAAAAGAAGAAAGAAGCCAUUAUCCCCAAAAAGUUAAAAUAUAAAUUUACUUGUUUUAGUGAACAAAGAAAAAUCAUCAGACGAAGACUAUAACGAAAGUGAAUAAGAAGAUAGUGAAAUGGACAUAGAGUAAUAUUAUAUAUAUAUAUAUAUCGACUCAUAUUAGAACUUACGAAUUAUAAUUAUUUUUAAUUAUUAUAUAUUUUUUAGAAGCGCUAGCUCAGAUUACCAUGAUAAGAAAAAGAAAAAAGGUGGAAAGAAUACAUAAAUACGUAUUAAUUAACUAAUGACUGUAUAUAUGUUCAAUAACUCACUAGUUUUGUGUUGAAAGACCUAGGAGAGGCAAACAGAAUGCAGGCUUUAAAGAAGAGUCAUCAGAAGAAGAAGUGGAGCAAUAAUAAGGUAUACUUUUAAUUUUAUAAAGAAUCAUCACAAGAAUAAGAAGAGUCAGUUUUUGAUCCUGAUAUCGAAUAAAUCUUAUGGAGAAGACAAUAAGAAGAUGGAGAAAUGCAAUUUUAUGUAAAAUAUAAAUCUUAUUCAUAUUUAUGGUGCGAAUGGAAAAGUGAAUAAUAAGUAUUUAAUUAUUCUAAUUAUUAAUAGAUUAUUUUAAAGGAUAAAAAUGGAAAAUAAAAAAUAAAUAGGUUUAAUCGUUUAUUUGAGAAGAAAAUCAAAGAGUAUGAUCCUGAUGAAUUAUAAGAAAUGAAUUACUUUGAUCCUUCUUAUCUAGAAAUUGAUCGAUUAAUCUCUUCAACAGAACUCUUCCCUAUUAUCCAUCCUAAAAAGGCUAAUGAAAUUAAAGGUAAAUGGAAUGAAUAUUUAUCAAUUAUAAUAUCCAAACUUCUUAAUUAUUCUGAAGGGCGGGUAAAGUUUGGAAUAUUCUUUAUGUAACCUGUCAAUCCAGAUACUGAUGGUUGUCCCGAUUAUAGAAAAAUAAUCACAUAACCUAUGGAUUUAGGAACUAUAUAUAAUAGAUUAUAUUUAGGAUACUAUAGAAAUUCAUAAUAAUUCUGGUAUGAAUUAGGUUUGGUUUUUAAAAAUUGUAGAAAAUAUAAUAGUAAUCCACAAGGAGAAAUAAGAAAAUUGGGAGAUGCUUUAGGUGAAUGUGCUCUAAUACUUUAUAAUUAAUGGUAUGAAUAUGCAAAUUAAAGAUAUCAAUAAUUAAUUAAAUUGAAGAAAUGUGAGGAAGACAAAGAUUUUAUGUAGUAAAUCAUUUAAGAAAUUGGAUAAUAAAAAUUAGAAGACGAAAUUAAUUAAGAUAAAAUCCAACUAUUAGGAGAUAUUGAAUUAUGGAAUCCUGGAUCAUAAAAUUAUUAAUGGUUUGAUGAUGAUCCUAAUUUCUAACCUUAAUUAACUAAUGAAAGACAAGUUGAUCUAUAUUAGAAUCAUGAACAAUUAUACUUAGUUAAAUGGAAGAACUUAUCUUAUCUAUAAGCAACUUGGGAGUUUAUUACUGGAUUUCCAAAUGCUUAGGCAAAAUUAUUUGAAUUUCGUACUUUCACUAGAUCUUUGGAUAAAGAUACAAGACAAUUGUAAAUUUAAAAUUGCAAAGCUCAUAAAUAAAUAUUAGACUAUGAUUAAAAGAAGAGAAAUUAAAUAUCAUAAUAAGCUAUUUAAAACAUAAAAACUUAACUGUAUUAAUUAGAUAUCGGAAAAAAUAAAAAAGCUUAUUAAUAUACUCCUAGAACUUAGACAAUUUAUAAAGAUAGAAAGUUAUUGCGAGAUUAUUAAUUAGAAUCUUUAAAUUGGAUGAUUGAUGCCUAUUACAAUAAUAGGAAUGUACUAUUAGCAGAUGAGAUGGGAUUAGGAAAAACUAUAUAAUCAAUAGCUUUUUUAAAUCACUUAGUAUCAAUGGAAUCAUGUCGUGGUCCAUUUUUAAUCAUAGCUCCAUUAUCAACACUGCAACAUUGGAAACGAUCUUGUGAAGAUUGGACAUCUUUAAAUGCAGUUCUUUAUUAUGAUCAGUAAGGUUAACCUGGAAGAUAAGCCAUUAGAGAUUAUGAAUGGUUUUAUACUGAUAUUUCACUAAAAGGUAGUACUUUACCAUCUUAAGAAUUAUACAAAUUUUAAAUAUUAAUAACAUCUUUUGAAGUUUUUAAUUAAGAUCAUUCAACUUAUAUUUAAUAAAUACCAUUUUAAUUUAUUAUUGUAGAUGAAGCACAUAGAUUAAAAAAUUAAAAUGCUAAAAUAUUGGCUAGUCUUAAAAGAUUAGUAUGUUCAAGAAUUAUGAUUUUAACAGGUACACCAGUUUAAAAUAAUCCAGAAGAAUUAUGGAGUUUACUUAAUUUUAUAGAACCAGCAUAAUUUUAAAAUUUAAAUUCAUUCAAAUAAUAAUUUGGAGAUUUGAAUACAGCAGAAUAGAUAGAAAAAUUAAAUAAGACAUUAAAACCUUAUAUUUUAAGAAGAUAAAAGGAAGAUGUAGAAUAAUCUAUACCUCCUUUAUAAGAGAAUAUAAUAGAUGUUGAAUUAACAAAUGUGUAAAAAACAUUAUAUAGAGCUUUAUAUGAAAGAAAUAAAUUGGCAUUGAUAUAAGGUUUUUCUUAAUAGACAGCAUAAAUAGCAUCAUUAAAUAAUUUAGAUAUGCAUUUACGAAAAUUAUGUAAUCAUCCAUUAUUGUUGAAAGAAAUGCAUUCUGAUAUAAUUGAGAAAAACAAAGGAAAUGAAGGAGAAUAUUUAAAGAUAUUAAUAGAAUAUUCUGGGAAGAUGGUGUUGUUAGAUAAAAUGUUAAAGAAAUUCUUAAAAGAAGAGAAGAAAAUGUUAAUAUUUUCUCAAUUUACAAAUAUGUUAGCAUUAUUAGAAGAGUAUUUAUCCUUUAAUUAGAUAAAAUAUGAAAAGAUUACAGGAGAUAUAAAAUAAAUAGAUAGAUAAAAUGCUAUAGAUAGAUUUAAUGAUUAAAAGAAGGGAAGACAAGUAUUUCUACUUUCAACUAAAGCUGGUGGUUAAGGUAUAAAUUUAACAGCUGCUGAAAUUGUUGUAAUAUUUGAUAGUGAUUGGAAUCCAUAGAAUGAUAUUUAAGCAACAGCUAGAGCACAUAGAAUAGGAUAAGAUAAGUAAGUUGCUGUAUAUCGUUUUAUUACAAAAAAUACUUAUGAAGCUAAAAUGUUUGAAAGAGCUUUUGCUAAAUUAGGUUUAGAUUAAGCUAUUUUUAUGAAUGGUGAAUUCAAAUCAGCUAAUUUAAAUAAAAAUAAUACUACUACUAAUUCUAAUCCAGAAUAAAAUAAUAAAAAAUUAAAUAAAAAAGAAUUAGAAAUAUUACUUAAAUAAGGUUCUCUAGGUUUACUUGAACAUUAUGGAUAAGAAACUAUUGAUUAAAAUAUCGAUGAUAUCUUAAAUAAUACUAGAGUUGCCAAAUAUUCAUUAAUUAAUGGAUCUUAUACAAUUAGCAAAUAAACUUAUGUUCCAGAAUAAGCUAAUUAAUAAAUUGAUAUUGAUGAUCCAAAUUUUUGGUAAAAAGUACUUAAAAAUCAAGAAUCCAAAUCUCAAAAGAUUCUUAAAAAACUCUAAGAGGAAUAAAAUAUUAAAACUUUUUAAUAAUAAAAAGAAAUAAUGUUGGAAAGCUCUGAAUGUGUUAAUAAUAUAAUUUAAUCAAAAUUAAGUAGAGAAGGAUAUGAUGCUGAUGAAGAAAAUACUGUUUUAGAUAUUUUAAAUUUAAUUGAAUUCAGUAAAUUCUUUGAAAAAGAUUUUAAAAAUCUAGCAAACAGUUGGAUUCUAGAAUUAAGUAAACCAUCAAGAAGAUUCAAGAAAAUCACAGAAAAUGAUUUAAUGAUAAAUACUACUACCAUUUCAUAAUAAGUUAUAGAAACACCAAAACCAAACAAAAAUUUUGAAUUGAAUUGGUCUGAGUAUGAAGAAUAUAAGAAAUUAUUAAGUAAAUCAAGUUAAGAGUAAUAAUAUUAUUAUAAUUUAAUAGUUUAUAAAUACGAUUAUGUGCUAUUUGUGAAAAGUAGAAGUGUGAUUUGUUUUGUAGAGGUUUUUGCAGAAGAUAAUUUCAUAAAGAAUGUUUAGAAGGUGGAUAAAAUAAUGGAUAAUCAUAAGGAGAAAUUAAUAUUAAAUAUUUAUGUUAAGAUUGUGAAAAAUAUAAAGGAACUUGUUUUGUUUGUCUAAAAUAAGGCACUUUUUAUCCAAAUCUAUCUAAAAAUAAAAUUUAAUAAGAUAAAUAAUUUAUAGAUGAUGAUUAUGAUGACAAUUAAGCAGAAGUAUAUCUUAUAAAUAUAUAAUAUUAAAGUAGAUUGUAGUAUCAACUGGAAAGAUUACUAGAGCAAGAGCUUAAUAAUAAUUAUAAUAAUAAUUAUCAGAAUUGGUUAAAUGUAGCUAGAAUUGCCAUAAACUUUAUCAUUUUGCAUGUGUUUAAACAAGCAAAAAUUUCAAAAUUUUAGAUGGAGAAAGACAAAAAUUUAAAUGUGCUCUUCAUUUUUGUGAAAAAUGCAAGGAUAGUAAUAUAAUUCUAAUAUUUAAUAGAAUCUCAUGAUGAUAAUCAAAAAAUGAUAUAAUGUUUAAGAUGUCCUAAAAGUUAUCAUGAGAAAUGUGCUCCAAAAGGAAUACGAAAAGUAACCAAAAAAUUUAUAAUUUGUCCUGCUCAUAAAGAGGAGCUUAUUUAACCUAUUAUUAAGAAAAAGGUGAAAAUUGAACCUGUUUAAACUACUCAGCCUCCUAGAAAAUUAAAAAAAAUAAAUAAUGGAUCUGAUGUUGAAUAAUGAUAUACAAUUAAAUAAUAAUAAG